UCACUUUCAUUUCUCUCUUGUAUUCUUCUCACCGCCUUCAAACACAAGAAGCAGCGGCAACAUGAUCAACAGAAACCACCGUCUCCUCCUGGUUUUCCGAUCAUCGGAAACUUACAUCAGCUCGGAGAAUUACCACAUCAAUCUCUAUGGAAACUCUCCAAAACGUAUGGUCCUGUGAUGCUUUUAAAGUUUGGAAGUAUCCCAACGGUCGUAGUUUCUACCUCUGAAACUGCAAAGCAAGUUCUGAAAGUCCAUGACCUCCAUUGUUGUAGCCGUCCAACCUUAGCAGGACCAAGAGCGCUCUCUUACAAUUAUCUGGACAUUGCUUUCUCUCCUUUUGGUGAUUACUGGAAAGAACUAAGGAGGAUGUGUGUGCAAGAACUCUUCAGCGUUAAACGAGUUCAUUCUUUUCAACCCAUCAAGGAAGAGGAAGUCAAGAAACUGAUCGAUACAGUCUCUGAAUCGGCUUCUCAGGGAACACCGGUUAACUUGAGCGAGAAGUUUACUGCUUUAACGGUAAGCGUGAUAUGCAAGUCAGCCUUUGGAGUGAGUUUCCAAGGAACAGUGCUCGAUAGUGACAAAUUCAAGAAGUUAAUCCUCGAUACAUUUUUGUUUUUGGGGAGCUUCUCUGCCACAGAUUUUUUUCCAAAUGGUGGCUGGAUCAUCGACUGGCUCACAGGGUUACAAGGGCAGAGAGAGAGAAGCGUGAGUAUUCUUGAUGCAUUCUAUGAACAAAUGUUUGAUCUACAUAAAUAUGGAAAAAAAGAAGGAGUUGAAGAUUUCGUUGACUUGCUCUUGAGGUUGGAGAAAGAGGAAACUGUUAUUGGAUAUGGCAAGCUCACAAGGAACCAUAUGAAAGCAAUAUUAAUGAAUAUUCUUAUUGGGGGCAUAGGCACAUCUGCAAUAACAAUGACAUGGGCAAUGACAGAACUUAUGAGAAACCCGCGAGUAAUGAAGAAGGUGCAAUCUGAAAUCAGAAGUCAAAUUGGUAGCAAGUCAGUGAUCAGCUUGAAUGACAUAAAUCAGCUCCAUUACCUUAAAAUGGUGAUCAAUGAAACAUGGAGGCUACAUCCUCCAUCGCCUCUUAUGGUUCCAAGAGAAGUAAUGUCUGAAUUUGAGAUCAAUGGCUACACGAUCCCUAUCAAGACACGGCUUUAUGUGAAUAUAUGGGCUAUCGGCCGUUAUCCGGAUAUCUGGAAAGACCCAGAGGAGUUUCUUCCAGAAACGUUUAUUAAUAGUGGGAUUGACUCAAAAGGUCGGAACUUUGAGUUGUUACCGUUUGGAAGUGGUACGAGAAUGUGUCCUGCCAUGUACAUGGGGACAACAAUGGUGGAGUUUGGCCUAGUUAAUAUGUUGUAUCAGUUUGACUGGACAUUACCAGAAGGUAUGGUGGUUGAAGAUAUUGACAUGGAAGAAUCUCCUGGACUCAAUACAAGCAAGAAAAAUGAGCUUGUACUGGUUCCUGUGAGAUAG